GUCGUGAAUGCACCAAAUUAUGACAUUUGACGUUUUGUUUUUGGUUAGGUAAUCUUUAACUAAAAACGAGCCAAAUAAUAAAAAUGGCAUCGAUUUUAAGACAACUAACGCGGGUUUUAAAGCAACCCGUCGUUCAAACGAGAGUUUCUAGUACUGGGAUUAGGUUGUUAUCCACAGCGGUUGAAAAAGCGAAAGAGGAAACGAGACCGACUGUUCGUAAACCUGAUGAGUUGCAACGUACGCAAUUAAAAGAUUUUGGAAAAUACUGUGCUGAAUUGCUUCCAAAGUUUAUUCAAAAAAUUCAAAUCACCGCCGGAAAUGAGUUGGAGUUGUUGGUUGUUCCUGAAGGAAUUUUACCGGUUUUGCAAUUUUUAAAAGAUCACCACAACGCUCAGUUUUCUAAUUUAACAGAUAUAACAGCUGUUGAUGUACCAACACGACCUUAUCGCUUUGAAAUUGUGUACAACAUUUUAUCUUUGCGUUUCAAUUCAAGAAUUCGUGUAAAAACCUACACUGAUGAAUUAACCCCAAUUGAUUCUUGCAAUAACAUUUAUUCAGCUGCUAAUUGGUAUGAAAGAGAAAUUUGGGAUAUGUACGGAGUUUUCUUUGCAAAUCACCCUGAUUUAAGGCGUAUUUUAACUGAUUAUGGCUUUCAAGGACACCCAUUUAGAAAAGAUUUCCCGUUAAGUGGUUAUGUUGAGGUGAGAUAUGAUGAUGAAAAGAAACGUGUUGUUUGUGAACCAUUGGAGUUAGCACAGGAAUUCCGCCAAUUUGAAUUAUCUGCACCUUGGGAACAAUUCCCUAAUUUCAGGAGGGCUUUACCGGCUUCUGAAGAAGUUCCAAUUAAUAAAAAAGGAGAUGAAAAGAAAUAAAUAAAGUAUUAUUUAUAAAAUUGUUAAUUUAAUGA